AGUUUUAGUCUCGAACAGAUAUUGGCCAUUGACUCAAUCGCGACAGUGUUCAUACAGCUGUUGUGUGAUUUGGCAAAGCUUGUACGAGUCGACGGCGAGAAAAUCAAAUUUCAACUCCUUAUUUAUUACUUGGGUCAUUCUGCACUUCCAGAUAAUUGGACAAAUUAUCAGCGCAUGGUCUCGAGCCUUGCGACAAUAAUGGAGAUCGACUUCAAUUUAGUAAUACGCCCCUUUGAUUACAGAUACGAUUGGCCUAGUAUUUUGGCACAUUUUCCAGAACUCAUUGACGUAGUAGCAAUGGAUAUUCAUCCAAUUGCUGGUGCAAUAUUAUCUCGAUCCCUCAUAGACCUGGAAGAAAUUAUAUUGCGCGAUCCUGAGGCGCCAAUGGCGAGGAUAUUAGGCCUCACAACUCUCCAGCUAUGUGCAUCCUGGCCAGAGGGAUUGCAGGCUUUACUCAAAACAAAAGCUAAAAGUUUGAUCGAUCUUGUAGGCGAUUCUCCUUAUCAUCGGACACCUGUUUCGAGGGCCAGUUGGUAUAAUUGGGCUGAAUCAGUGGAUAUCCUUAUGAAAGCAGACUGUCAAUGGGAUGCGUAUAGGUGGUUUCGCCCAUUUUUCAAUGAUAUGAAUCUGAAAAAUCUGUCGAGCGAAGUGGUCUCGGUGAUUGCUUCCAACCUAGCUGAGAGGAGACGGAAUCUACUCAGGUUGGCCGAGCAAGAACUUAGGAUCCCCCGACACGCGGACCCAUCCUACGUUCCAGAUUGUAUUGCAGCAGAUCUCUGUCGGGAUUUAGAUCUUGCUGGUGUCUCUUUCCAUCCAUGCCUCAGGGUUUCACAGUCAUACGAAACUAUCUAUCAUAUCCCAUUGUGUCCGAUUAAGGUCUUCCCAGCGUUCUUCAAAGAGGGAUUCCAAGACUGUGCUGCGCACGAUAGCACAGGAUUAACUCCAGCCAUGAUCUGGAGACACUAUAAUUGGGAACGCCAGGAUACGCUGUCAGCAUUUCUAUGGAUGUGCGAGCAAGGGCUGCUCGAUCAAAAAGCAGAGGACCCUUUGAGGCUGGGGCUGAAUGUACAUGCUACUGGUUGGCAUUCCAUUGCUAGCAUGUUUGGUGCAACAUAUAUCAUGUCUCUGGCUUAUUAUGAUCCUCAGCCUCCAAUGGGAUGGGAAAUAAUGAAACGAUUCUCCCGGGUCGAAAUGAGGGACGAGUGUGUUUGUUGGUGUAGUAUUGACGGCAAGGGAUGUUCCCCCCUUAUGUCUUUGUGGAAAGCGCAUGCUGCACGUGGCAUGAACCUUGAAUAUGGGGGAUGUUACAGUCUCAUUUCUAGACAAAUAAGGCAUCUUCUCUUUCACAACGACAGCAUGUUUAGCAUGAGAGAGAACGGACCGUCAUCACUACUACUUGAAUUUCUGCGGUUCAUUACCUUCGAAGCCCUCGACAUGAAGCAUACUUGUUGUGUUCUGAGUCGAGUGGACUUAUCAAAGAGGAGCUGCCAUAUAGUAACAGAGGACAUUGAGUAUGCUUAUUGCAAAGAGAAAAUUGUUCUCGCUCAUAGGGACCAAAGGGGAGUUAAGAGAACUCUGGCAGAUGAUUUGGAGCAAGAGAACGCCCAGACUUUGGAAUUGCUAAUGAAAGACUUCACUGAAAAGCUAAAAACGAUGGAGCCGUCUCCCAGAGCAUUGGAGACUUUCCUCUGGGGUUACUGGCGACGGCGUAUAUCUGAGCUCUACUCUGUAAACACUGAACUCGUAAAUGAGAUGGGCCGAGAAUUGAGAAACGUACAGACACAUAUACUUUCUGAAAGAGUUCUGAAGUUGCUCGGGGAAGAUUUUGGCUUGUUGAGGUACAAUACCCGGGAAGCAUCGAUGGGCAAUGAUGACGAUGACGACGAUGCAAGCUCAAUAGAAGAUAUUGACUUACCACCCCACUGUCCAAUAUGUGACGGCGAAGACAGCGAUAGCGACGACAUUGACGAAGGCGACGAAAGUGAUGAUUAUGAGGAUAGCGAGGACGAGUGAAUAAUUAUUGCAGUGGCAGUGGGCGAGUGCAGAAACCAGUUUUUUACGAGGACUAGAAUGUGUGAGAUGAGGUUAUUGCAGCAACUGUUAUUCUGCCGGUGUUGACCAGCUUACUAAGCAAGUCCUCUAGAUAUUCUAAUGCAUAGACCACCUAAUCUUUUUGCUUAGCCUUACUUUCAAGGAUCUGAGAAUAAUCAAGAGUAGGUAAUUAUUUCAACCACGAAUUAGUCGAUGUCAAAGUCUUGUAGAAUAGUGCAACUAGCAUCAUUC